AUGCAAGAGGCCACAAAAUCAAGAAAGAAACGAGCUUACAUCGAAAGAGAUCGCGAAGAUGGUCACAAUCGUUUAUGGAACGAUUAUUUCAGUGAAGCUCCCACUUAUCCUGGUAAUGUAUUCCGACGACGUUUUAGGAUGAACAAGUAUUUGUUCUUGCAUAUUGUAGAAAGACUUUCCAAUGAAGCUCCAUAUUUUAGACAAAAGAAAGAUGCUCUCGGAAGGCUUGGUCUCUCUGCCCUUCAAAAAUGUACAGCAGCCAUUCGUCUCUUGGCUUAUGGCACUGCAGCGGAUACGGUUGACGAAUACCUUCGACUUGGUGAAACCACAUCUCGUAAAUGUUUGGAACAUUUCGUUGAAGCCAUAAUUAAUUUGUUUGGUGAGGAGUACUUGCGAAGACCAACACCGGAAGACUUGGAACGCUUACUUUAUUAUGGAGAGCAACGCGGAUUUCCCGGAAUGAUAGGAAGCAUCGACUGUAUGCAUUGGGAGUGGAAGAAUUGUCCUACCGCUUGGAGAGGACAAUUUUCACGUGGUUCUGGAAAACCAACUAUUGUUUUAGAGGCGGUAGCUUCGUACAAUCUCUGGAUAUGGCACGCGUUUUUUGGAGCUCCAGGUACCCUAAACGAUAUCAAUGUCCUAGAUCGUUCCCCGGUUUUUGAUGACAUUAUUCAAGGUAAAGCACCAGCUGUGAACUAUAAUGUCAAUGGAAGACACUAUAAUUUGGCAUACUAUUUGACAGAUGGUAUUUACCCAAAAUGGGCAGCUUUCAUUCAAUCAAUCAAACUUCCACAAGGGCCAAAGGCACGUUUAUUUGCGGAGCGUCAAGAAGGUGCCCGAAAAGAUGUAGAGCGAGCGUUUGGAGUCUUGCAAUCUCGCUUUGCCAUUAUCAAAAAUCCGACACUUUUUGGGGAUAAAGAGAAAAUAGGAAAGAUAAUGAGAGCGUGUGUCAUCCUCCACAAUAUGAUUGUACAAGACGAAAGAAAUGGAUACAAUCUAAUUGAUACUAUUGCGGAAUUUCAACCAGGAGAAGGAACCGGAAGUUCAACUGUGGAUCUCUCGUAUUCCACAACCAUGGCUUCAAAUAUUGUUGAUACGCUGAAUGCUCGGCAAAGAGUUCGUGAUAACAAAACCCAUAUGCAAUUGAAAUCAGAUUUGGUCGAACAUCUAUGGUAA